GGAGGGUUGCAGCUUUUAGAACCACAGACACACAGAGAGGCUUCAUUCCCAGCCCAAAGAUCCAACCUAACGCAUCCAGCGCGGAGGAGAAACCCGAUGCGUGUGUGCGUGUUUCUCCGCCGUCUUGACGCGUGACUCAAGGCCACCAGGAUUUGAGGAGAUACCGGGCCCUGCACGCUGGACCUCAACGUUUCAUCCCUUUUUGAAAAGAAACGCGGUGUGCCUGUCGGCAUGCUGUGAGAAUUUACCCCUGAAAAAUACCGAUAAACACAGGUCGUACCACUGAAACAAUCCCUCGGUCAUGCUGCGCACCUGCCAGACCUCCGCUCCCGGACCGGACUGUUGAAGAAAAGAAAGGCAACUUUUUGGCGAAGAAGUUGCCAUUAGAUCGGUUGUUGAAGUGGGGCCGGAGGGGCAAACUAGGUCCCUCCAUCGAGUAGAAUCGUCUUUUUUUUCUUCACAUUUUCAUCCUAGAUAGGAAGGCGAAACGGCGACUUCAGUUGAUUAUCUCUCUUUCCUUUGCUAUCCAAUGGAUAUUCACUGCAAAGCAGACCCCUUUACAGCUAUGCACCGGCACGGAGGUGUGAACCAGCUCGGCGGGGUGUUUGUGAACGGCAGACCCCUCCCGGACGUGGUGAGGCAGCGGAUAGUGGAGCUGGCCCACCAAGGCGUCCGGCCGUGCGACAUCUCCAGACAGCUGCGGGUCAGCCACGGCUGCGUCAGCAAGAUCCUGGGCAGAUACUACGAGACUGGCAGCAUCAAACCAGGUGUCAUUGGUGGGUCUAAACCUAAAGUGGCCACGCCAAAGGUGGUGGAAAAAAUUGCAGAUUACAAGAGACAAAACCCAACGAUGUUUGCGUGGGAGAUCAGAGACAGACUGCUGGCGGAGGGCAUCUGCGACAACGACACCGUCCCCAGCGUCUCAUCCAUUAACAGGAUCAUCCGAACAAAAGUCCAACAGCCUUUCCAUCCAUCUCCUGAUGGGACAUCCCUGUCAACACCGGGACAUACAAUAGUACCAAGCACAGCAUCUCCGCCUGUAACCAGCGCCUCCAAUGACCCUGCAGGAUCCUACUCUAUCAAUGGGAUUCUGGGUAUUCCAAGAUCCAACGGUGAAAAGCGGAAAAGAGAUGAAGAUGGUUCAGAUGGUUCUGGCCCAAACAGUGAUUCUCAGGGUAGUGUGGAGAGUUUACGGAAACACCUUAGGGCAGAUGCCUUCACACAGCAGCAGCUGGAAGCGCUGGACCGGGUCUUUGAACGCCCCUCGUACCCUGACGUCUUCCCUACAUCGGAGCAUAUCAAACCCGAACAGGCUAAUGAGUACUCGCUCCCUGCCCUGAAUUCCAGCCUGGACGAAGUCAAGCCCAGUUUAUCCUCUAGCUCCAACCCAGACCUGGGCCCCAGUGUGUCGCAAAGCUACCCUGUAGGUCGAGAUAUGGCCAACACAACCUUACCCGGGUAUCCCCCUCACGUUCCCCCCACGGGCCAGGGCAGCUACCCGACCUCCACACUCGCUGGAAUGGUUCCUGGGAGUGAGUUUUCGGGGAACCCCUACAGUCAUCCACAGUACACAACCUACAAUGAAGCCUGGCGAUUCAGCAACCCAGCAUUACUAAGUUCCCCUUAUUAUUAUAGUGCCGCAUCGAGAGGCUCCGCCCCUCCCACUGCUGCCACUGCCUAUGACCGUCACUAGUUACCAUGGAAACCAAAUCAACCUGCAGGACCAUGGCCUUAGCCUCCAUAUCGCCCCGGUGUGAGCAGCAUGGUCCACUGGACACUGAGCAACUGCGCAUAAAAUGUUCUCUGCUCACACAAGGACAAACUUUGGUUUUUGGGAUUCCAGACAUCUCCUCUCUCCUCACAGCUUUUUUUGGACAAAGCCAAAAAAGAAUAAAAAAGGAAAAACAGAAAAAGAAAAAAAAAAAAAUCCACAAGACAUCACCAGAGACACUGAACGUCGCUACACAAAGGAUGAAAACUGUGGCUAAGUGCAGCGGUCAAAAAAAAAAAAAGAAAGAAAGAUAAAAGAAAAAGACUAAAAACAAAAAAGAUCAGAAUUUAUUUUUCCCUUGUAACAGUGUCACAGAUUCACCCCAUCAUGGAUCAAUACUGUACAUUCCUUUUUCUCGACAGCUCUCAGCUGGGACGCUGAACGGAGCUUGAAAUGUAGCAGCAGCCUUUUUUUUUCCUUCUCCAUUCGUCUCCCUCUCAAUUCAGAUGGCAACGCAGUGAGAUAAGAGGAGAUUAGCAACAGAACGUGCAGGCUGUGGAAGGCGAACUUUUUGGUUUGUUUUGUUUUUUCAAAACCAUCUGAACAGUCACCGACCAAACAUCCGGCAUGAGUAUAAUUGAUCGCUUUUGAUGCCAUGAGAAGAUUAGGACAUGUUCUCUGUGAUACACAAUCAAGAUGUAAAAAUGAAAAUGAAAUAAAUAAAGAAACAUCCGUCUGAAAAUAGCGGGAGCCGUGACGAUAUAUCACUAUGGCCUCGCUAUUUGCAAGAUUUCAAGAAACUAGUAAUUAUAUUCUUAAAAUAUUUUUUUUAUUUCACUUUUAUAAUUUGUAACGACUGAACUGCAGACUGCUUGGCUAGUGUUCUACUAUUUCUUAUUUGUCAGGAUACAAGAGGUCAUCAGGCAAAACAUAUUUGUGUUUUUUGUUGAUUUUGCACUAUUUUGGAGGUUUGCAACACUGGAGCGUUCUUAUGCAUAAAAAUGAUGAUGCAUAUUUGCUUUAUUUCACAAAACUUGACUGUAAGUCUAAUAAGUAUCAGUCUGAAAAGGCACUUACAGUUUCACAGAUUUGUUUUUUUUCCUGGAAUUCAAGGCCCAUCAUGUCACUGCCUUGACGUGCACUACUAUGUCCUCACAGCUUACAUUUUUUAUUUAAGUCGAUUAAGUCUUUGGCAUUCAACCACACAAAAGAAUAUAACAGCCAUCCCAGUUAAAACCAGUAUCAUCAUUUGUCAAUUCAGAUGCCAGAUGCGUCCAGAUUCACUCUGAUUGGGUGUUUCCGACGUCUCCAAUCACAUCAAAAAGCAGGGCGAUGAUUUCAGCUAAAUGCCUUAAACAUGUUGCCUCCUAGCUUCAACUCCCUCACAUGUUUCGGGCCAAGUUGUUUUAUUUGAAUCGAGCUGGAAUGAUGGUUUCUUCAUCUGUCAAGUGAAUGUAUUAGCAUUUGCCAAAGACUUAGUUCUUGUUAAUGUUUAUUUACAGGCCGCCUAUAUGCAUCAUGAGAGCAGUAUUAUUAUUAUUACUACUAAUAGGAAAAGCCCACGUUGCUCAUGAGGAAAAGUAUAUGUAUAAAUUCUAUGCAGUGCAGAGAUGGUCAUCAUAUGCAUAUUCAGCUGUAAACCUAAAGGUAGGUGGAAUUUAUUUAAUUGUUAUGUUAUUUACAAAUUGUUCAUUUUGUAGAAGUUUUUUUGUGUGUGAUGUGAAGACACUUCUCUGUAAAUACAGUAAGAAAAAAUGUCUUUCAUGUUCAUGGGUAUUAUCACUUUCAUUAUGCUGGUCUCACUUGUACAAUAAUAAAAGUGUCUGAAAUCUUUUAUGCAAAAGGGACUGCAUGGUGUUUCUGACUAUCUGAGAGCUGAAGUGACAACUGAUAGAAAAACAAUUAAUCUGCAAUAUUCUUACCAACUCAAAAUUUAACUUAAGCGAUUAAUCAGUUAAGUUUAGGUUUAAAAAUUAUACUGAGAACUAUAAUGAUUUCAGCUUUUCAGAUGUGACGAUGUGAUCUUUUUCUUAGGGUUUUGGACUGUUGGUCAGCCAAAAAUGCAAGCUUAAUGAAAAAUAAAUUAGCAACAAAUGAAAACGAUUUAAGUUGAUCUCACACGCUUAAUUUCUGAAACUCCAAAUAUGUGCCACAGCAGUCCUGUUUUGUUAAAUUCUAGCCCUUGAUAUGCAAAACAGCCAUCACUUUGAUAUAUACAUUCACUCACAUACUUUAUUUA